GUGCGGGUUAUUUGUCUCCAUCCACGGCAUUAGGGCCACUCUUUAGAGUUGUCCUGGCCAAGCUUCUUGUUUGUUGUUCAAAUAGAAGGAUUAUCGUGUGUGUGCCACUGUGAGUGAAUCAGUCUUGGCAUGGUUUCUUGGUUGAGUUUAUUGUCUUCUUGAAGUAUUCAAGCCCAUACACGCAUCAACGUGGUAUCAGAGCUUAAGUUCUGAGUACGGACAAGAAUAAAGGGGCGUAAAGAAAGCAGGUAACAAGCCAUUUUACACAUUCUGUAAAGGAAUGAUCAGAGAGAAAGGUAUAGUGCGAUUUUUGUUUCAAUUUCGCCAAUACAGGUACUUUACAAAUGCUGAACAAAGGACUAUAAAGGUGUUGCAACCACAAAACAAACACAAAAAGCAAAUCAUAAUAGAAGAGGAACAGUGCAGUACCAAAGGAGAAGAUGACAACAAGCCACGGGAACUGCAAGAAGGGACUUUUACUUGGAUGCAUUUGGACCUCCUGGACACCUAUGGUAUGUCAAAGGCUUUCAACUUAGAUGACUUCAAACAACAUGAGUGCAACGCAGAAUUGAGGACAAUUCUGUUUAAAGAAGGAGGGAAUGAUCCAAAUAUGGAUAGCCCACAAGUCAAGAUAAGCCAAGCCAAGACAAACCAAGGAGGAUACAUGGCUGAGCAACCUACUGAUUGGAUGCUCACUGACUUACCCGCUGACCUUGCUGAUUUGGACGUGACAAUUCAGGAAGGACAGUCCCAAGCUAGACCAAACAUGAGUAUCCAAGCAUGGCAAAGCCAAGAGGAAUCAAUGAGAAACCUCACAGCAACACUCAAGCCAGACAAAGACAUGCAUUCUGGUCAGCAGACCACAGAGCAGCCAUCUGACGACCAGCCUACCUUGCGCACAAUAGAACGCCUGGUCUCGUGCACAUAUCAACAUGGAAACUCAAGUGAUGGCAUCUUUGGACAUGGAAGAAAAAGCCAAGACUCAGAAAUAGCACAGAGAGCCCUCACAGAGCCCAGAAGAUUAACGCCAAGGUCGUGUGCUCGCCUGAUAUUUGAUAAUGGCUGAUCCAGAACUGCCAGCCAUCACCUGCUGAGCAGCAGACCUUCGAGCCCUUCCACGGAGUCAACCUGAGCAUCCUAGGAUACACCAAGGGUAGUUUUGGAAUCUCUAUACAUGGACCUUUCCAUCAACACCUUAAGUGCCUCCUAACGAUCACAGUAAGACACCAAGAAAAGGAGCUGAAGGUCCCCUGUCAGACAGAUCAGAGCGGAAGAGAUGGAAGAAUACUUAACAUUCUGUUUUCUGAUUUUUGUUGUUUAAAACGUGUACAUAAUAGCCACGUGUUACUUUUUAGCCGUUAUUAUGGUUUGGCUUAGGCUUAGCUCUUGUAGAAGGUCUCAUAGCUCUAUAAAUAAGAGGCCUAAUCCCUUGUAAUGGACAAGUUCAGAUUAAUCAAUUGAGUUUUUCUUCA